GAGGCUGACGCUCUAACCAGUCGCCCACCGUGCCGCCGCACUUGAACUGGACUCCACAUUUAUUAUGAAAAGAAUAUAAAAGAACUAAUCGAAUUACCUUCACUAUAACAUCUGUUUACCCUGCGGUACACAUCAUUACCACAGCACGCACCACUUUCCCAGCAAGUAUGGUAUCUGUGAAGCUGAAGCUUGGGGUGAGAAAAGAGAAUGUGCCUCUAAGCUGUUAAACAUUUCAACAUUGACCCAUAAAUUACAAAAUUUAGAAUGCACUGUUCCAAUUGUUACAACAGUUUCUAAACAUUGUAUAGCUUGUCAAGAACUGAAAAUAAUCAUUUGUUGCAUUUGCAUCUUUAGGUCAUUUACAGAAAUCAUAGCUUCAUAGGACAAGUUUCAUUUUAACAUAUGGCUGCAUAUUUGAAAGCAGCUUCACAACUCUACACCAUGAUCUAUUUAGUUUGUGAGCUUUUGGAGAGUUUUUGCUUCAAUUUCUUUGCGGAAUGCUAGAAAUAACCUCCCAGAGCUGCUCCUUGGGUGUGAACUUUUCUACAGCAGCAGUAUGCCAAUGUUGGCCAAUAUAUACAAUUCACCCACUGAUUGGUGCUUGUGAUUUCAAUCAUUUUGAAUGAGGGUCCUCAACUUGCACAGAGCUACUGAACAAAAAGCUAUCUUGAGUUGAUCAAAGAGGCUCUCCAUGUGAGUCUGUGAUUACAGCAUUUUAGAUAGAAGUGAUGCUUAUUGGUGGAGAACAUCAGCUCUAGCGGACUUUUAAGUUUUUUUUACUUUUGUUUAUGACGUUCACCUACAAAUGUGAGGAACGACUCCGCUUCAAACAGGUUUCCGGCCGGCAUUUAAAGACAAGCCUUUGGAGUUUUCUUUAGAUGGGACUGGCUUGUUGAAGGGAAACAUGCGCAGGACACCCAGUAAACACAAUGACAUCAUCAUAACGUCAUUAUGAAUGCUCAACCAUCAGAGAUCUCUGUCGGAGCUACCAAAGAUGUCGGCGGCAAGUCAAGUGGAGAGAACAGUGCUGGAGGAAGAGUUCAACUGGCUUCUUAAAGAAGAAGUUCACGCUGUUCUUAAGCAGCUGCAGGAUGUUCUCAAGGAGGCUUCCAGACGUUUCACAAUGCCCACACCAGGCCUGGAGAGUCCGCUCAAACAGGAAAACUUCAUCCUGGGCAGCUCAACCAUGGAUCAGGUGAAAGGAGUGCUGACACUACAGGGAGAGGCUCUGACUCAGGCAGACAUCAAUCUGAAGGUUGCAAAGAGUAGUCAAGUGCUACACUUCCAGUUCAGGGAGGACAAGCAAUGGAAACUACAGCAGAUCCAGGAUGCAAGAAACCAUGUGACUCAAGCGCUUCAGUUGCUGAGCAGCCAUGAUGAGAACUAUGACUUCAAGACAGGGGCAGAAGUUAACAAGUUAAUGGAUGCUGUGAUGCUCCAGCUAAUACGCGCACGAAACCGCCUCACCACCCCAGCGUCAAUGACACUGCCUGAAUUGGCCACCAGUGGGCUGAUGAAAAUGUUCACUCCUCCCAUGCCUGGUGAUGUGAUGGUGAAUUUUUACAUCAACUUAAGCAAACUGUGUCUCACAGUCUACCAGCUUCACGUGCUGCCGCCAAAUACCACCAAGAAUUUCAAGCCAUCUGGAAGCUCUGUGCUGCACAAUCCUGGGGCCAUGUUUGAACUCAACAACAACCGGUUUGAGGUGAGCCAUGUCCACAAGGUGGAGUGUGUCGUCCCUUGGCUAAAUGAUACACUGGUGUUUUUCACCAUCUCACUGCAGCUCUGUCAGCAGCUCAAAGACAAGAUAUCUGUCUUCUCCAGUUUCUGGAACUACAGACCUUUCUAAUCAGUCAACAUCAGACCCAAACAAACCACAAGUGUGAAGGACAUGCUCUUAUUUAUUUGUAGAUAUUCAUAAGCCAGUCAGUGUUGCAUGGUCGUCAGAAGGCGCCAGUUAGAAGCGGCAGACGGGUUUGCCAGUUCCCUGUCGGGCUUUGCAGCGGGUCGACAUUCCUCUGAUGUGUUUUGCAUUUCACAAUACUGACUAAUACCUCUCCAUGAAUGUAUGGUUAAUUUUUUUUUUGUUUGAAAGCUAUUUUUUUUUUUUUUUUAUGUUCAAGCAAUGUUUCGUCUAUUUAUCAUCUUUGGUGGUGAAUGCUAAUCUCUGGACUCAGGUGAAAAUAACGGAAAGGGAAAUGCAUAGUGGAAAGGGAAAUAUAUUAUGGAGUUAUUUUAAUUUCCAUUGGCAGACAUGAGUUUAAAGGUUAAUGUAUUCCCUCGCUUGUAGCGGUUGCAAAAUUUGGGACAUUUUCAAAAUGGCUAACUUUCCAUGAGAAUUAUAGGAAUUUUACAGCAAUUCAUGGGUACAAACUGGACCAAAAACGAAACAAUUUGCAAAUUGGCAGGUUAGUCUAUUACAGGAAACCCAUACACAUAUUUUGAAGCUUAAUCUCGGUUAAAUUUUUUUACACAGUACUCAUUUUAGUUUGCUGCAUGUCUUUUGACAAAAUCAAAAAUGUUCUGGUAUUUUGCAUCAAUCACCCCCAGAUUUCACUUCAUUCUCCUGAAUUGCCAUCGGACUAACCAACAGGAUGUUUCCAAACUUUCUCAGCUACACCAUGGAAAGUUGUAAAUCUUAUGUUUUAUUUUCAUUUGUACGAAGUUGCGCAUCUCUUGCUAUUAUCUGUGUGUAACCUGAGACUCUUGGAACACUUGGUGUGUUCUGUUCUAUAAUGCUAAGGGGUAGCUAAAGUCCUCUUUCCGUGUUUUCCCUGGAUUAAUUAAGUUGCACUUUUUGCUGUGGGUCCCUGUGCUUUGGCAGCAAUCAAUGUCCAGCUUAAUAUUUACAUUUAGACUAAAGUGUGCACUAAAAUGGAAUAAUGGUUCAUGAGUCAUGCGGCCAUUAAUCGGGUCGGCAUGCACCACCAAUGCAGUAUAUUGUGCAAAACGCAUAGAAAGAAUCUUUAGAACCUUUUUAAAUGCUUUGUUUAAGAGUAACGCAUAUCUGUACGGAUUCACUGGUGUAUCCGUUUUAAUCGCUUUAAAAAAACGUGGUUAGUGGUGAAAGUCUUUUGAAAGUUGUGUGUGAAUACAAACGCUAACAUAGCAUUAAUAUCAAUGUAUGCCUUUUUUGUUGUUGUUGUUAAUUGCCUGAUUGGGUGUAAUUCAUCACAUUCCAUUUGUUCAAAUAAGCUAAUCAAUCAUGCAUAUAUGUAUUUAAAUGUUUUGCACGUUGAUUCCUUUUGAACCCGAACACUAAUAGCCUGUUGUCUCAGCUGCCAUUUGGACAUAUCACUUCAGGGAGGUCAUGGGGGUCAUUGAUCAAAUACUUUUAAAUGGUUUCUCAAGUCCCAUCCAUCCCAUCAAAGAACCCGACAGUAGAUCUUUACAGUUCCACUUUUGUUCAACCUGCAGUUUGAAAAUGGUCUCUGAGAUAAUGGCUUUUCAUGAAUAACACCAUUCCAGUAAGUGUUAGUUUACUUAGAAAUGUAUAAAAAUGAGGACAUUUUGUGACUGUACAAUAAAAAAAUGAGCAAAUUG